CCACCAGCGCAGCCGUGCCGGAGCCGCGAGGAGCCCUGGGCCGCCGCCCCCUCCCUCCUUCCCGCCGUCGGUCGUCCGCGUCCUCGGACCUGUUCCAACAAUUAUUUAAAACAUGGUGGAUUACUAUGAUGUUUUAGGCGUGCAGAGACAUGCUUCAGCCGAGGAUAUUAAAAAGGCGUACCGAAAACUGGCACUAAAGUGGCACCCAGAUAAAAACCCUGAGAAUAAAGAAGAAGCAGAGAGAAAAUUCAAACAAGUAGCUGAGGCGUAUGAGGUGUUGUCAGAUCCUAAAAAGCGGGACAUCUAUGACAAAUAUGGCAAAGAAGGAUUAAAUGGUGGAGGAGGUGGAAGUCAUUUUGACAAUCCAUUUGAUUAUAGCUUCACAUUCCGUAAGCCCGAGGAUGUCUUCAGGGAAUUUUUUGGUGGAAGAGACCCCUUUAGAUUUGACUUCUUUGAAGACCCAUUUGAGGACUUUAUUGGGAAUCAGAGGGGUCUCCGAGGAAGCAGAAACCGAGGAACAGGGUCGUUUUUCUCUGGCUUUAGUGGAUUUCCACCUUUUGGAAGUGGAUUUUCUUCUUUUAAUACAGGAUUUUCUGUGGGAUUUCCUGCAGGAUUUUCUUCAUUUGGGUCGCUAGAUCACGGAGGUCUGACUUCAUUCUCUUCCACAUCAUUUGGUGGUAGUGGGAUGGGCAACUUCAAGUCUGUAUCGACUUCUACAAAAAUAGUUAAUGGCAGAAAGAUCACUACAAAGAGAAUCGUGGAGAAUGGUCAAGAAAGAGUGGAAGUUGAGGAAGACGGGCAGCUCAAGUCCCUGACAAUAAAUGGUAAGGAGCAGCUGCGCUUGGAUAACAAGUGACUCAACGCACGCGUUUAACAGAAAUGUUAACUGUAACAAGCACCAUUUGAGGAUUAACAGGAACUUUUUUUGAAGAUUUCAAACGAACUCGACUUUCAGUAUCACUGUACCUAAUCUGAGUGUUUAUAAACAGCUCAUCGGAGCCAUAUUUGUCGUAGACUUUUGAGUUUAUUGUUGGGACCACAUAAUAGGACCAUUUAUUUGUCUUUAAAAUUGUUGUAAAUUUCUGUAUGCACUUUGCUUUUUUAUUAAAUGUACUCCAGGUGAGCCCACUCCUCAGUAGUGGUAGAACAGAGUGUGCACUAACACCAGCAUGGACCUGCUUUUCCAUUGUGUCUGAAACGUGAGCCACGUAGCGUCAGCCUGCUGUGAAGUUAGCACCGCAGGAUGAACCUUCUACAGAAAUAAUUUUGGUUUUUUUCAGUAUUUAGUAGUGAAAGAUAUUAACACAUUAAUGGUAAAACAUUUCUGGUUUACUAUAAGGAUGUUUUCUAGCUGUGCAUGAAUGCUGGCAUCUUAGUAAGUUUUGACAGUUGUUUAAAUAUGUAAUGUUAAGCUUAGGUUUAAAAAGUAAAGCUGGUAUACUGGGUCUUUGUCAUUUGCUUUAAAAAAAAAAAAUAAAUGCGAAUGUCUUUGGUGCAUUCUUUCCUGAGUGG